GCUAAUUUGCCACCUGUUUCUCGAGAGGAUCCUAAUAAGGAUAAUAAUGAGGAUAGUGGAGAGUAGUCGCGAGGGUAGGGUAUUUAUGGGGUGCAGAAAUUGGAGUUUUUAAUAAUUUUCGCAUGGUUUUUCCAAGAAUAAAUACAUGGUUUUUUAAUAGUUUCCUAAUAAAAGCGUUUAUCUUUUGCGCCUCCGUUUGGCCAAUGGCAUUACGACGUUACUCUUUUCCAAGUAUUCUUGUAAUUCUUGAGCUAUAUUCUCUAGAUUACUUGGUGGUUCCCAUAUGUCAUCCGCCGGUAAGUAGCCCUUCCAAUGAACGAGAUACUCCCUUCCUUUUCUGCCCUCCCUAUGGGCCAUAAUAGAUUCUACCUCGAAUUUCUCUUUGCCCUCGAUCUCGACUAGCUCUGG